AUGAAGAGAGCUAUUUGUAAUUUCGCAUCAGCAGCUGCAUCUUUGCAUAGAUCGGCAUCCUCCUCAGCUACAUCAGCUGUUCUAUCUCAUCAAUUCAAUAAUACAAUGUCAUAUUCCACUAAUAGUACCAAUAAUAAACAUGUUGGUAAAUAUCCACAAGAAUAUUUGGAUUCCUUUGAAAUUUACAACAAGUUGAAUGCCAAGUUUAGAGUGGCUGUUGUGAAUACUUGUAAUAUGAACUGUUUUUUCUGUCAUAAUGAAGGAAUGGAAAAUCCACGUUCAUUGGGUGAUAAAACACCAAUUAAAAAACAAGGAAAGGAACCAUUUCCGGUUGGAGAAUUGGUUAGAAUGAUGAAUGAUUUUUGUGAUCUUGGUGGUACUCAAUUGAAUAUUACAGGAGGAGAACCAUUGGUGAGAAAGGAUAUUGUUGAUGUGUUAAAAUCAAUUGAUAAGAAGAAUACUAGAGUUGUUCUCAAUUCAAAUGUGCUUCUUGCUGAGAGAUUGUUGAGAGCGCCUAAAGUUCCACAAGUUGAUGCAAUUUAUGCCUCAUUGCACACAACUAGAGAAUCUGAUUUCAAGAAAUAUCUUGGAAUUAAUGCAGGUGCUGAACAAGUAAUGAAAAAUAUGGUCCUAUUGAAAGAGCAUGGCUAUAGAGUUCAAAUUAAUUAUAGUUUGGGAGAUUACAAUAAGGAUGAAUUUGAAAAUGUUUUGAAAUUUGCUCUUCCUAAUAAGAUUGAUUUGAAAGUAAUUUCCCUUAUUAGAUCUAAUUUGGAUAAAUCUCAAUAUUGUAAUCCAGAUGAAGAAAAAUCAUGGACAAAUCCAAAGUGGUUGGAAGAUUUGAUGGAAAAUAAUGGUGUACAAGUUUGUGGAACUCGUGAAGGUUUUGGAGGUCGUGUCAAUAUUUACAAAACCAAUGAUGCCUCAGAUCACAAAGUUGAAAUCAAGAAUAUUGGCAGAGGAAGAUUAAUGACUGAUUAUUGUAAUGGAUGUAGAUUUGCAGACAAGUGUGGAGAAGGUAUUUACGCUGUAAGAAGUGGUGUUGAUGGAAUUUGGAAGCCAUGUGUUCUCAAUAGUGAUAAAUUCUCUAAAAUGGAAAUUGAAGAUUCAUCCAACGAUUACAAGAUGCAAAUUUUGAGUGUCAUUCAUAAUAUGGUCAGUGAUUGGAAGAAUCACAAAUUUGUUGAAGGUAGUCCACAAUAA